AACCCUAGAAAACUGAAAAGCAAGCGCACUGUUAACAGAAAAUUACAGUAAAAAGUGGAGGCCGGAAAAUUUCCGAUGGCGCAAGAUCGGAAGAGGCAGAGACCGAAUAUAUUGAUCACCGGAACUCCUGGAACCGGCAAGACAACAACGUCAUCUGCUUUAGCAGACGCCGCUCAACUUCGUCAUGUCUCCGUUGGGGACCUUGUGAAGGAGAAGAGUUUGCACGAUGGCUGGGAUGACGAACUCCAGUGCUAUGUAAUCAACGAAGAUCUGGUCUGCGAUGAGUUGGAGGAUUUGAUGGACGAAGGUGGAAUCAUUGUGGAUUAUCACGGUUGUGAUUUUUUUCCUGAGCGGUGGUUUGAUCGUGUGGUUGUUCUCCAGACCGAGAACUCGAUCUUGUAUGAUCGCUUGACGAAGAGGGGAUACGAUGGAGCUAAGCUUUCAAACAAUAUUGAAUGCGAAAUCUUUCAGAUAUUGCUCGAGGAAGCGAAGGAAAACUAUCAGGAGAACAUAGUGGUGGAUCUAAGGAGUGACACUGUUGAAGAUGUAGCUAGAAACGUUGAAACUCUGUCGAACUGGGUUAAGAAUUGGCAACCUGUAAGCUAAGCAGAUUAGAAAAGAAAGAAGAGAUUACUUUCGCACCAGUUUCUUGAUUUCGUUUUCAUGUAAAGUAAAAGAAAGCCGCCUUUGCUGCAUGAUCGAAUUGGGUUUCUUGCCAGAUUUUUAUAGUUAUAUAUCUUCCCAAUUCCUCAUUAUUUGGAGUA